UUUCUAUUCUUUUGUGCAGCAGUGAAAGUAUCAAAACUGAAAAAGAAGCAUUUAUUAGAUGAUGCUGUUGUAAAAACUGCUGCAAAGCUUUGUAAAGAGAAGAUUUCAGCUUACACCAAAGAUGUUGAGGAGGUUUUAAAACAUGAUGAUGUGGGAAGCAAUGACAAAUGUACUCAUGAUUCCCUUAAGCGACCGAAAGUGGAGAUAUCAAAGCUGAAAAACAAGUGUUUAUUGGAUGAUGCAGUUGCCAAAGAUGCUGCAAAACCUUGCAUAGAGAGGAUGUCGUCUUGCACUGAAGAUUUUGGGAAGGUUAUCGAAUGCCAUGAUGUUGUAGAUUAUAAUAAGCAUACUCAUGAUUCCCUUGGGAUACCAAAAGCAACCAAGGUAACAAAACCUAAAAAGAAAAAUUUAUUGGAUGAGGCAGUUGUAAAAGAUGCUAAAAAACCUUGUAUGAAGAGGAUGUCAGCUUGGGCUGAUGAUAUUUGGAAGGUUGUUGAAUGUCAUGAUGCCAGAAGUGAUGAUAAGCCUAUUCAUGAUUCCCUCAGGAUGCCUAAAGCAGUGAAGGUACCAAAGCUGAAAAGGACGCGUUUAUUGGAUGUUGUGGCGGUAAAAGAUGUUGCUAAACCUAGCACAGAGGGUAUGUCAGCUUGCUGUGAAGGUUUUGAAAAGGUGGUUGAGUGCCAUGAUGUUGAAAGUGUUGAUAAGUGCAGUCAUGAUUCCCUUAGGAGGUCAAAAGCAACCAUGGUAUCAAAACCGAAAAGGAAGUGUUCAACAGAUGAUGUAUCUCCAUCUCAUUCUAUGAAGCUUCUGAAAGUAGAGAAUGGUUUUAGCAAGAAGACUGCAUGUAAAAAGGUUGAGAUUAGAAAGGCCAAGGCUAAUAAAUCUAGAACACUAAAUUCCUGCCCUAAAUCUGAUGGAUGUGCUCGAUGUUGCAUCAAUGGCUGGGAAUGGCAUGCCUGGUCACUGAAGGCAAGUCCUGCUGAAAGAGCUCGUGUUAGGGGAAUUCAUUAUACUCAGACAAAUUAUUUAGGUUCUGCGAGUAAGAUAUCUCAGUGGUCAGUUGUCAAGGGUCUUUCUGCAAGAACAAAUAGGGUGAAGCUGCGGAAUCUUCUUGCUGCUGCCGAGGGUGCUGACCUCUUGAAAGCUACUCAACUGAAAGCAAGGAAAAAGCGUUUACGAUUCCAAAGAAGUAAGAUACAUGACUGGGGUCUUAUUGCUCUGGAACCAAUUGAGGCAGAAGAUUUUGUCAUUGAAUAUGUAGGAGAACUAAUUCGUCCCCGGAUAUCUGAUAUACGGGAGGCUCAGUAUGAGAAGAUGGGUAUUGGCAGCAGUUACCUUUUUAGACUUGAUGAUGGUUAUGUGGUUGAUGCGACAAAACGUGGUGGGGUUGCUAGGUUUAUAAACCAUUCUUGUGAGCCCAAUUGUUACACGAAGGUUAUAAGUGUUGAGGGGCAGAAAAAAAUUUUCAUUUACGCUAAGCGACAUAUUGCUGCUGGUGAGGAAAUUACUUACAAUUACAAGUUUCCUCUCGAGGAGAAGAAGAUUCCCUGCAACUGUGGUUCUAAAAAGUGUCGUGGUUCAUUAAACUAGAAGUAAAUUUUGUUUCCUUUGCAGGGCCAUUAUCUUGGGUUAUGUUAUCACAUUGUGGAGUUGGCAGUAAUUGAUGUCCUAGAUUUUAUCUGCUCCAUUUCAGAUAUAUCAGUCUAUGAACUAGCAUUUGGCUAUUCAACUGGUCUACGAAUGACUAAUCAAGUUAUCCAUCACGAUAGUCAAUGCAGAUUGGAAAUUUUUAAAGGCUGGCCUAUAACAUCUGGUUUGUUUGUCUACAUGUGGAAGAAGAAUUACUUGACUCAUAUCCGUUCUUGUAGAUAGCUCUGUUGCAGAUGAGUUUCUCCUCUUAGAAAACUGUAGAUCCACUUAUUAUUUUCUUUGCUCACAUGAGAACUUUUUGGAAUACUAAUUCUUUUGUACAGACAUGCAUUGUUAUUUUAUUAAUCAAUAUAAGAAAAUAUACAAGAUGAAUUAUUCAAUGAUUCUACACAUAGAAAAUUGUUCUGUCUGUUACACCAUCUGUUUAUUUAAUUCCUAAAUUUCUGAUUUGAUCAACAAUUAAAGCCACUUCUUUAUGAGUUUUGGGACUAAGUCAUAGAGAUGCACUGAUGACACGGAUCUGAAUUUACUUACUGCUUGUGUACUUUUCAUGAAUGGCAUUUGUUGAGUGCCAUGACUUUAUGAGGAGCCCGUCAGUACACUGUGAUGCAUGGUUUUAAGCUGAGACUUGCUGCGCGCUCUUUAAGUGUAGUUUAACAUUGUUAUUCUUGUAUUAGUCUUAACAUGAAUGCGGAACAUAAUUUGUAUUUUUAUUUGCUGCCACCUCUAUUUUAAAUUACUUGAUGGUGGGAAUUCAAUUGUUAUGUUUGAGUUCGUACCAUCAAGAAAUUCAAGUUAUGCGAAUGCUAAAGACUAAUACGAGAUUUAUAACGAGAAAUUGUCUAGAAAUGGAACCAAAUGCAACUUUUGGUUGCAUGGGGAUAAUGUUGGUAAAUAUCAAGGUAAAUUGUCGUCAAGUUAGUGCGAUAGAAUAAAAUUCCUAGGCUUUAACGGCGAUAACUUGUUUUGAAAAAUUGAAUUUUUUUUUUCUUCUGUGAAGAAUGAAAAUUAGUCAGCAGCUGCAUAGGGUGGGUGCAUCUCAAUACAUUUGAUUACUAAUGUUCCGCGUUAUCUUCUUCACCUCUGCACUUCCAAACAUUUAUUUAUUUCUUUGGUUGCAGGGGUAGAUCAAAUUAGAAUUACCACCCAUGGCCGUCGGGGCAAAGUUUCUCUUUAUGCCCUUUGGUACGUAUUUUCUUAUUUAUUUAUUUUCUUUAUUUGAGUUUAUCAAUUUUUAGGCCCAGUUGCUGCAGUGAAAGGAUUUUUGAAAAUUAAGAUAGGUACCUUUUUUUUUUCGUUUUCUUGAAAAUAGAAUAUCUUGUGUAGUUUGGAUAUUACUGCAGAAAAUGUUUUUCACCAAUUGGCAUGCAAAACAUCAAAAGUAUUUUGGAAAGAAUAUGCUUGGAAAACAUGCUAAACAAUAAACAUAACACUUCGUAAUAUUUUAUGUUGUUUCUUUAAGAAGCUAAUAAGAUAAUUAUUCAAAAUUAUAGUAGUUGUAUGCUCAUGUACAGAUUGUGUUAUUUUUGUAAGCAAAAAAUUAAUGAAAAACGGUGGAAAAAAUCUGCCAAUAGAAAAGAAAAAAAUAGAGCAUUACCAAAAAUGAGAAAGGGAGAUGGUAAAAAUGGUAUCCCAAAAAAAGAAAAGAAAAAAGAGGAACACAUUUUGAUUUGGGGAUGAAAGAAACGUAUCAAGUAUGUGACUUAAAAGUUUUUUUUGUUUGGGGAUGGUUUUUCUUCAUUUUGAUUUGAUUGCAGGAGUUCUUCCAGUUGAUUUUUCUUGUCUUUAAUCCAACAAUAAUUAUCUUAUCUUUAGAUUGAGUUUCUAACUUUCAUCAAGUCAUUUUGUGUGAACCAAACAGAGCCGUGGUUGAAAUUCCUUGAAUUUUACAGCAUUAAAAUCUUGGCUGGCAAAGCAAGCAAGUAAAAUGCCAAGAAACCCUUAAAUGUUUCUGUAAACGAGUGACACCCCUUGGUGCCAAUGAUUUAAUAUUUUUGUUAUGCUUUUUGUUUAAAAAAUCAUGAAACAUAAAAAAAAAAAAAAAAAAGGAGGAUAAAACUGCCAAAAAGUUUCCCUUCUGCCAAGAGGAGUUAAAAUGAGAAAGUCUUGUCAGAGUGCUUCUCAACCUUAAGUGUUCAUCACUUACGACUGCUUCACAAUUUCACCAAAUAAUUGGUAGCCACUUGUGCUUAAACAAAUAGAGUCGGUAUAUUUCCAAGGACGAUUUUCUCAUAGUCAAGUAGACUCGGUGAUAAUAGUUCUCAUGAAAAUGAACACCUAAUAAACAGUAAGUUACAACCAAAUCGUCAUAAUGGGAAUGUACCCUACGGUAAAAGCUUAUAUAUAUAUAUAUAUAAAAUAUUUAAAAUUUUAGGUUUUAGGGUUAGAACUACUGUACUUAAAUACCCUUCAUUUCUAGCUCUAUGCUGCACGACAUGAUUAUUUCCCUAAAAAAUGACAUAAAAACCAACGGCUAAGAAUGAAAGAGAACGUACCACACAGGGUUGGGAAAUGAAGUUACGGUUUUAUAUUUAUUUAUCAUUGCACCAUUGGAAAUGCAUUAAAAUUAAAGAUGAUGUGAAUAAAGCUUGGUGUGAGUGUAAUUGAGGUAUUAUUAUAGUGCUAUUGAUUUUUCAAAUGAUCCCUUUUUGAGGAGGUGGUAACUAAUUUCAACAUGAACUGUGUGACAAGAAAUGUUUGCCUUCUUACUAAUUACUAUAUGCAAGUAGUGUUUGCACAAAUAGUACUCUAUAUUAAGAGCCAGCUGACAUAAUUAUUCGCAUCCAAUGCGAUGGAGAUUCGAUCAUCUCAAAAGGUAACAAAUCUGAAUCCAUGGGAUCUAUGCCCCUCAUUUGUACUUCAGGAUAUAUAUUUGGAUUUAGUAAAUUCUUUUUGUAGAAAUUAUUUAGAAUGAUAUAGUUUUUAUAUUUGGUUCAAGCAUAAGAACAUAGAAACCCAAUCUAGGGUUAAAACAAUUCUUUUUAAAUUACGAAUUUGGUUCUAAUCUUCUAAUUCUAUUUGAAAGACCAGAAAUAAUUUUUUAUGUUUGAACUAAAUAUAAAAGUUAAAAGAUUUCUAAAUAACAUUACAAAAAUAAUUUAUUUCUUUCGAAUAUAUCCACAAGGUCUAACUUUUUAUCAUAUGUUUGGGUUUGGACAGGGUGGUCAAGAGAAUAGAAAGAAUUUUCUUAGGUUGGAAGGCCUCGAUGCGCUAGUAUGUGUGUAAUGCUGAAAAAGUCCAAUGUACUAAAAUUGAUCUUAGUUUCC